CAAGAUGGCCGAGAGGAAUAUAAACCAGGAAGGAACAUUGCAGAAAUAUUUCGUCAUCCACGCAGAGAUUACAUUUGUAUGAACUGCGUCAUCAAGCUCCUUUUGGAAAUCAGCCAAGUCUGAAGGCAGGAUCCCCAAAGUAGCAGAUUCCAGGGCAAGGUGACAGGUCUGCAUAUCAGUGGGAAAGUAUGCAAACUUUCAUCUGAACGAGUAACGGGUAACAUAACAAAGGACAGACAUGGAGCCCAUGAGAAUCAGGUGUAUGAACUUCACGUCCCCCCUGGAGCACCCGACCACCCUCCUCCAGGCCUUACAGGACAUGCGGGAAGAGGAGACCCUCUGUGACGUGACUCUCGUCUGCGACAACCUCCGACUUCCCUCUCACAAGAUCCUCCUCGCUGCCAGCAGCAGGUUCUUCAAGAACAUGUUGUCAGGAGGAGGGAAGGAGGAGGCUGUCUUAGCCGACAUGUCUUCCCAGGCAGUGAAAGUGGUUCUGGACUACAUGUACACCUCGGAGAUAUACAUCAUGCAGGAGAACCUAGAAGAUGUGACGUCCGUCGCACGGCAGUUUCAGCUGAGUAAUCUGUUGAACUGUUGCAUGGAGUAUAAGAUGGGUUGGGAGAGGGAAGUCAGACAUUUUGUGGACGUGACCUACCCCACGAGGCUCCUACACAACCUGCACACGCUGCAGCUGGAGAAGGGCUCGUGUGACAUCACUCUGGUCGUGGAGGAGCGGGAGAUCGUGGCGCACAGGGUCGUCCUGGCCGCGUGCAGCGACUACUUCCGUGCCAUGUUUACCGUUGGGAUGAGAGAGGCCACGGAGAGACGGGUGGAACUGAAAGACGUGCCGUACACACGUCUGAAGGAGAUGGUGGAGUACAUCUACACCUCCGACAUAGCGCUGAGGUGGAAACACCUGGAGGAGACCGUGGACGUAGCCAGCAGGCUCCAGGUCUUACCUAUACUAGACGUGUGCUGUGAAUUCCUGAAAGCGAGCAUUGUUGCAGAAACAUGUAUGGACAUCUACCAGCUGGCUAGUGUGUACUAUCUGACGGAUGUUAUAACAGCUGUGAAUAGCUACAUUCUGGAACACUUUCAGGCAUUCUGCAAGAAUGCAGACUUCUUGGAGAUCUCAGUCGACCAGCUGGCUCAGAUUCUCAAAAGUGACUCUCUCAACUGUGCUGAUGAAAUUGACAUAUUCUGGGCGGUGUACAGAUGGCUCACGCACGAGUCUUCUCGUAUGGCGUACACCGGACGUUUGUUGCAGCACGUACGAUUCCCACUGAUGACUACAUUUGAUUUGAACGAGAUUGUGGACUUGGAGAUUUUCCAGAACAGUUUGCAGUACAAGGAUCUUAUGAUCGAGGCUUACAACUAUCACUCUCAUCCCAGUGAGCAGCCACUGCUCCUGUCUGAACGUACACACAUCAGGUCCACAUGUUGCUGUCUGGUCAGUUUCAACGGCCGCAAGGCUGGACUGGCGCACAGAGAGGACGAACAGACAGAUGUCAUGUUUCUGGAUCCCAACACCAAGACAUGGCGUGAACUCACGGCGACAAAAGAGCCCAUCACACACCAGGGCGUGGCCGUGCUGAACAACUUCGUGUACCUGAUUGGUGGGGAGGGCGUGCGGGGAUUCCGCUCUGCCGUGGCCACGGGCUGGCGCUACGACCCUCAGAGGAACGACUGGUUCAGGGUCAAGUGCAUGCGCCACCGUCGGUCAGAUUUCCACCUACAAGCCAUGGACGGGAAACUUUACGCCAUCGGAGGGAGGAACUUGAUGGGAGAGAACGACAAGGUAGAGUGUUACAAUCCGGCUAAGGAUGAGUGGUCCUACAUAGCAUCAGUGGGGAUUCCCUUGUAUGGGCAUGCAGGCACAGAUUACAAGGGGCAGCUGUAUCUGUCAGGAGGGGGCAGUAACUGGGUCUACAACACUGCCCUGAGGUGUUACGACCCACAAAGUGACACCUGGACGAUCAAAUCUGACAUGGCCAUCGCUCGGGCAUUCCACAGGAUGGCCACGGUAGGAGGGAAGAUUUUUGUCCUGGGCGGCGCGGAGAGAGAUGACCAUGCAAACGCCGACGUCCUGCUGACCGAAUGUUACAGUCCGCAAACUGGACAGUGGAGCAUUGUCGCACCCAUGCCCAAGCCGCAAGCAGAGCCAGGCUUAGCCAUCAUGGAAGGACGAAUCUUCCUCGUAGGAGGGAGCUCUUGUCAGCAUAGGACAUACAGGGCUCUGAAGUACAUCCAGUGCUAUGACCCAAACACAAAUAAGUGGUCAGAAGAAGAACCGUUGCCGGACGCGUGGACUGGGGUAGCCUGUGCUGCCAUCACCCUACCACAGGACAGUGUCAGUGGGUCAUGGUUUGACUGGCUGUAUAAACUCUAGUUUGGCAUCUCUAUCAAGAUUUCUUUCCCUUCUGUCUCACAGAUUAAAAAUACACUGUAUAGAUUGAACUUACUCCUCUACCACUAUACCAUAUAUGAGGAUUACUAUUACAUAUAUAAAAUUAUAUCUUAUCAUAGGCAACAUAUACUUCAUAUGAAAGAUGAUACUUUUUAAGUGCUGUAAACCAAAUGAUAUCAAUACACUGGUACUGGUAUGGUGUUAGGUGACCCUCACAAGGGACUAGAAACUGUAAGCAGUAUAUGUCAAGUGAUGUCAUGUACAUAUAUACUGUGUAUAUAUAAACAACCUUUUUGUUGCAUGUGGUAAUCUCCAAGAGUAAGAGUUCUUGAAUCAUGUUCAAAUUCAAACACUGCAAGUAGACUUCACCCCUUACAUGUACUGUUUUGUAACCCUAAUCCAGCCCCAUGAAUAAAAAAAUAGCAAUACUGAGGAUGUAUGGAAAUGCUGUUAGAUGAUGUUUUUCAAACUUGGAACAUAUGUAGUUUUUCUUCACACCUUAUCCUUUAUAGCAUCUAAUAUUUUCUUAUUUACGAAAACAGUCUUGCUUAUCUUUCACAUUGGGAAUCUUAUAAGA